AUGUUUUCACAGUCAGUUCGUCGGUUGAUACCGGCUGUAGCGUCUUCUCUAUCCGCUCGAGCUCCCAUAAGCCGACGCACCUUCACCUCCACACAAGCUAUAUUCAACUCAUCACAGAAGCCAAGUGCAUACAAGGAAGGGAUGAACCAAUAUCGAACCUUCACUGGCCCGUUCGCCAAGGUGUUCUUGGGGGGCGUGUUCGUUUAUCAAGUCCUUUAUUGGACCUGGUUGAAGUUGGAGAUGGAUGAGACCAAAGUGGCAAAGAAUGGUGAGACCAACGAAAAUCAAUGCAUUACCCUAUCAUGCAUGUUGCUUACCCUUUCCGCAGAACAAGUAGCUGUGCUAGAGAAAGAGGCUCGGGAGAUUACUAGCACCCAGAAAUGA